UUCAAAUCCGCCAAACAUUAAAAGCCUCAAGUGCGUUUGUUUUUUUUGUGUGUUGAUUUUUUGAUUGUUGCUCCAGUUGAGAGAAUGUGCGCGUUGUGGAGGAGUUUGCUAUGCUUGGGGCUCUGCUGCACUUACGUGGCAACUGCAACUGCAACUGCAACUGUAACUGGGGCUGGUGCUAAGCGCAUGCCGAGCAUAACCAGCGAUUUCAAGGCCAGCCGCAUCUAUGAAUCCUUUCGGUCAGCAGCAGCGCCAGCGCCAUCGGCACAUCGACUGCAGCGACGUUAUGUGAACGCAUCGGAUGAGCUGCCAGCUGCGGCGCGUUGGAUGAGAACGCGCACUGCCUCGUCGGACAUGCUGAGUCGCAAUAUCUCGAGCAUAUUGGAGAAUCUGCUGAAGCGCUAUGAGCAGUCGCAGCUGCCCACGCAUGGCCAGGGGCUGCCCACAGUGGUGCGCACAAAUAUUCUGAUACGCAGCAUGGGCCCCGUUUCGGAGCUGGACAUGGACUACUCCAUGGACUGUUACUUUCGCCAGUACUGGCGCGACAAGCGCUUGAGCUUCCAGGGCCCCAUCAAGAGCCUCUCGCUGAGCAUCAAAAUGCUGGACAAGAUCUGGCGUCCGGACACUUACUUCUACAAUGGCAAGCAUUCGCAUAUUCACACCAUCACUGUGCCCAACAAGCUGCUGCGUUUGGAUCAGGACGGCGGCAUACUCUACUCCAUGCGUUUAACCAUCAAGGCUACGUGCCCCAUGGAGCUGAAGAACUUUCCCAUGGACAGACAGUCCUGCCCACUCAUCAUUGGCAGCUGUAAGUUCUUGUCGGCUCGUCCCGCAAUGGCAAUGGCAAUAGCAAUUACAAUUGAAUUGAGACUCGUUUCGCUUGCAGAUGGCUACACCAAUCAGCAGCUGGUGUACGAAUGGCAGAACCAUGAUGAUGCUGUCUCCUUUGUGCCCGGCAUGACGCUCAAUCAGUUCGAUUUGAUUAGCAUGAUGCAUCGCAAUUUUACGUCCACGCGCCGUGAGGGCGACUUUUCUGUUCUGCAUGUGGCCUUCAAUCUCAAACGGCAUACGGGCUAUUUUCUGAUACAGGUCUAUGUGCCCUGCAUAUUGAUAGUGGUGCUCUCGUGGGUGUCCUUUUGGAUACAUCGCGAGGCCACAAGCGAUCGCGUAGGACUCUGUGUAACCGCCGUGCUAACACUGUCUACCAUAAGUCUGGACUCGCGCACGGAUCUGCCCAAGGUGAAGUAUGCCACGGCGCUCGACUGGUUUCUGCUGAUGAGUUUUCUCUACUGCAUUGCCACGUUGCUGGAGUUUGCGGGCGUGCACUACUUUACCAAGCUGGGCAGCGGCGAGAUUCCGCGCAUAGACGAUGAGUGGGAGGAUAUUGCAACACAUGGACACUAUGCAACGAAUGAGCAGGCGGAGAACGAUAUGGACGGCACUGAUGCGGAGGCCGAGGCGGAUGCCGAUGUCGAUGUCGAUGCCGAUGGCAUUGCGCUGGAAGAGGCCAGCGAUGUGGAGGACAGCGAGCCGGCCAACUCGGACAGCGAUGUGUUUGUCUUUGCGGAUCAUGAUACGCUGCACUGCGAGCUGCCACUGCCACUGCCCAAUGCCAGCUAUGUGAAGCGCAAUGCCUUCAGCUGUGCCAUCUACAAUCAUCCCACGCAAGCCGGCGCGCAUAUGUUUCCUAGAAUCUGCUCGCAUGCCUCGACCAUGGAGCGCACCACACAAACCGAGCCGCCAGCCGUCAGUCGCAUGCGUCAGAUGUGGCUUUGCCUCAAGGGCGAUCAAAAGUUUCGCAAGCAACGUGAGCGCGACGCAGCCGCGGAGAAGAGCGUCCAAGGGCGUGGCGCCGCCGGCUAUGUCAACAGCAUAUCGCUCAUCGAUCGCGUUGCACGCGUGGCCUUUCCCAUGACCUUUGCGCUCUUCAAUCUGCUCUACUGGCUGGCCUAUGGCAUGUACAAAAAGGAGUUCUCCUGGUCCAUGAUCAAGGCCUAAGGCGCAAUGCUGACUAUGAUGAUG